AUUCACUGAAAAGUCAUUGAAACUCAGAUGGAGCUCAAAGUCACCGUCCGAAACGUCCUGAAAACCUCGGUCAUUCUGUUGUCACUAGCACUGGCAGUGAUUCAGGUGGGCGAGUUGAUCCAGCUGUACCACUCCCAGCCCACGAGCACCUUGUACAUCAACGCGCACGCGAAUCUCGUGCGUCCGCCUGCGUUCACCAUCUGCCCGAGGCCCUCUCUCUUCUCCAGUUGGAUGACGGAUCUGGAUCGGUCGCAAGUAGGACUGAAGCCUGGGGAUUUCUGGAGCAUGGUGAGGAAGGUCAAGAACACGACCGCUGCAAGGGUUUUUCAGGAAUGGAUGUUUCCGCCGAACCAGAGUCAUUGGGAAGCGAUCGUUCCUGCUUUCCUGAUCGGCACUUUCGGGUCCAGCGGCGAGUUCGAUACGACGAUGAGGAACGGGGAAGUGAUUGAAAAAUUCCGUGCCGGUAAUGGGGCUUGGGUUCACCGAGCCUUUUACACCUACAUCGACUCCCGAGACUCGUUCAGGGGAGAUUACUUCAAAUGCCACACUCUUGUGCUGGAUAAAGCAAUCUCGAGAAUGUUUGCAACGAGGAAUUUACAUUGUACACACCUGAGAUUCGAGAUCGCCCUCGGGGAUGUGACUGACAUGAUGCGACCUAUCCCCCCACUGGUUGACGUCUUCAUCCAUGAUCCCCGCGAGCCCUACACGAACUUGGGUUUCUUCCAUGGAGUCCAGGUAAGUGUUGCGAACGGGUCGAUUGUCAGUGUGGCCAUUCGUCCGCACCGGACAUUGCUGGUCGACAGGAAGGAUCAGCCUUGCUCUUCGAAUGAGAACUAUAGCUACAACACGUGCAUGGAGAGAUGCUUCUGGGAUGCGAUCCAGUCCUCUCCAGACGUUCCUUGUCUGUCUCCUCUGCUUCUGCCCGGCGGCAUAAACGCCACCAAGCCGGAUUGCACGACCGCGUCCGAGGAGGACGAGCAACUGAGAAUCGUGUUCGAAGAGAAAUUGAGACUCUUGAGGGGCGAGACGUGCAACUGUCCCAAGGGCUGCUCCAUCACCAACUACCGCGUCUCCGAAGAUCCGAACGCUCAGGUCUGCCGGGACUCGUUGCAGUCGCUGAGUAUUUGGCCCCUCUGGGAACAGGCAACGGCGGCGCUCAUCUUCUCGUUUCCGUCGCCACGGAUACCACAGGUCACCGAAAGGCUGGCUUUGUCGGUGGAGGAUCUGUGGUCGUCCGUCGGCGGAAUCGUCGGCAUCUGCCUCGGGGUCUCGAUCAUCUCUCUCUUCGAUAUCCUGGAGCAAGCUUGCCUCUACUCCUUCAAAAUCGUCCACAGAAGAUUCGGCAAAACGACGUCAGAUGUGAAAUCGAAUGUGCUAUGCUAA